AUGCAAGUGAUGCCGUUAAGCCUCUUUGUCUGUGAGUCCUUAGUUUACUUGAGACUCCAUCGGGUAUGGUUGGGUAAGCUGGAGACUGUUUCGUUACCUUGUGUCAAGGUUAUGACUUUAGAACGCAAUUUCUAUGCUGAUGAGGCGUCUCUGGAGUUGCUUAUCUCUUCUUGCCCUCUUCUUGAAGAUUUGUUUAUUAUCAGAACGGGAAUGGAUCAUGUCAAGGUCUUACGUGUGAAGUCUCAAACAUUAACUCGUCUCCUUAUAAGAAUUGAUCUGGAUUGUGGACUUCUAAUUGAAGGAUUUGAUAAUGCUACUGGGGUUGUGAUUGAUGCUCCUAGACUCAGGGGUUUGGAACUCGUUGAUGAAAUAUCUGAGAAUAAAACAAUAAGCAAUUCGGGUUCUUUAGUAAGGUUCAGUACCUACCAUUGUUUUGAUCUGAAGAAUAGGGUUGACAAUUUUUUCACCGCUAUCUCGGGAGUUAUAGACAUGAGGAUCUCUUACGAGGCUUAUAAGAGAGCAAAGGGCUUUCCAAUACCGUAUCUGCUGCAAUUCAUCCGGGAGAAGUUGGGGGUUUGGUUUGCCAAAAGGCGAGAGGACGCCUUGAGUCUUCAGACCCCAUACAGCAAGGGAGUUGAAUAUUUGCUAGCUAUUCGUACACACCACGCAGAAACAUACACUGUGGAACACAUAGAUGGAUGGACUUUCAAUGUUAUAGGCGGAGGAGGGCAUUAUAUUGUGAAUUUGGAAAACCGUUCCUGCGAAUGUGGUGUAUUCCAGAUUGAGAAAAUACCUUGUUCACAUGCGAUUGCAGCGUCUACUGAGGCAAACAUGCACAUUUCGCAAAACGUGUGUAUGACAUACACGAAAGAAUCUUUGUAUGCAACAUAUGCACGUCCCAUAUACCCGGAGCCUACAGAAGAUGCAGAGGAAGAAGAAGACAUUUGCUUACCUCCAGAAGUGGCGCCAACUCGUGGCCGGAAAAAGAAAUCAAGGUAUCUAACAUGGCUAGAAUUGUCAAGGAAGAGACAGCCCAAACCAAGGAAGGUCCACAAAGUUUAUAGCUGUUCGUUGUGCAGGGUUCCAGGACACACCCGACCUCAUUGUGUAAGCCAUUGA